CGAAACCGUAAGGCGGUGCUAUGCCGGCGUUGUGGCUCCCGGGUGUUGCAGCCGGGGACGGCUCUCUUCUCCCGCCGGCAGAUGCCUUACCAAGGUACUGGAAUCCAGAGUUGCCCAAAGGAAUCCUGUUUCCAGUGGGACAGCUCCCUGCAGUCCUGAAAAUCAAUUGUGAAGGAAGUCUUCUUAUUUUCUUCAACUUAGGAAUUUUGAUAUCCUUCAUACCACCAUCACCACAAGUGAGAAAGUUGAAAAAGAAAUUUAUUUUGCUUUUUCUUCCCUCCAUGAGAAAGAAGCCAGCUCUGGCUGAUGGCAGCAAUCCUGAUGGUGAUCUCCUCCAGGAGCACUGGCUGGUUGAUGAUAUGUUCAUCUUUGAGAACGUGGGCUUCACCAAGGAUGUGGGCAACAUCAAGUUUCUGGUCUGCGCAGACUGUGAAAUUGGACCAAUUGGCUGGCAUUGCCUAGAUGACAAGAAGAGUUUCUAUGUGGCCUUGGAACGGGUUUCCCAUGAGUAAUUGAGGGGAGGAGGACUCAGCUGCACCCCAACUGUAAAAGCUACUCCCCACAAGAACUGGCAUUUAACCUGGUAUAACUGUUCUGCUGCCACAUUCUCUGUACCAAUAUAAACUAUGAGUAUCAAUAUGUCCAGUUGAGCAUGCAGAGAGCUAACCUUACUUGCUUAAAGCCUCAACUGAAUGCCUCUUGCUUAGUUCACUUGGCAUCACAACAUUUCCUAAUCUCUCCUUUCCCCCAGUUUUAGGACACUGGGAUACUUCCACAAAUCUUUUCCCUGGCAUUCUGCCUGCGCUUUCUCUUACCCAGGGGCUCCCUAGUUUCUUGCUCUAGAAGAGCAAUAUUCAACCUUUUAGCCAUGAUGACACGUGACAGAUGAUGCUCAUGUGCUGAUAGUUGAAACCACCUUUUUCUCUCUCAUUCAAGAAAGCAUACAGGUAUCCGAGAGUGACUUUGUUGUAUGGCUAAUUUUAUCUACAGUAAUUUAUUGUUUUUAAAAGUAAAGCAUUUACAAACUUCAGUAUUUAAACUACGAAUCAGAAACACAUUACUUUGGACACACCUCUAAUACCAUGUUUGAGAGCCUCUACUCCAGGUUGAUAGUGACUUUUUAUUGUAAAGAUGAACGUGGCCCCUCUUCCCUUCAGAUCUUGAUGUGUUUUCUCUUCAUAUUAGUCCCCGCUAUUGCCUGUUAAGUUGAGAAUCAGAUUUUCAACCCCAUCUGGCAGCCACCCCAAGGAAAACUCAGCCCUGGCUGUUUUCCCAGGAUCUCUUGGAAUCAGAGUGGAGGAUGUGGGAUAUAGGAGAGAUAGGCCCUUGCCAUAUUAUCCAUGAGUUUAUAGGUUUGUCUCAUCUGGACAAAUAACUCUUCUUUUGUUCUUAGGAAAGACAUCUUUAAUGGAUAGUGUCAUCAUUUACUGAACCUACUGGGCAUGGUCUUCACAGAGUUUGGGUUCCACUGGAAUCUCUAUACCAAUCCAGAAUACAAACUUUCCACCCAGAUGCCUCUAUUUCUACAGCUGUAGGGUUGCUCUGUUUGAUAUUAGCCAACUUGUUUAACCAUUCAAUAUGAUCUUGAGUUGUUCUGUCAUUUCUCUUAUGAAAUGACUUACCAUCUUAAAAGGAAUCUGUAUAACCAGGUUUCAGGUAUCCUUCCGUCAUCCCUACCUCUAAGAUUCAGGAGACCUAGAAUUGAAAUAAGGACUAAAUAGAGACCCUACAAUCUGCAGUCCAUUCUUUUGCAUCUGUUUUCUGGUUGCUUCCUCCUUCCUUCUCCCCAGAACUUACUCUAAGGGCUCCCCAACUAAAGUGCAGACCUUGGGCACAAUUUUGCAACCAACCUACUCCCAUAGAAAGGUGGCUUCCUUCCUCAGUCAUAGCCUCAAUGAGUCAUAGUAGAAAAUGAGAAAACUGUUUUCCAGACAAACGGUCAAAUGCUAUGAUUAUGGCAUUUGCAGAAAAACAUCUGUGAGAUUUAUUCAUUCAGGUCAGAAGGAACAAAACCAAAUAGAUGCCUCUAGGGGCAUAUGGCCCCUCAUAUAAGCCAAAAUCUAGGCAAAGCAUUUUUUAAAAUUAGGCUUUUACUUUUCUUUCCUUUUUUAAUCACAGAAAUAGUACCCAUGGCAGAUAAAUACAAAAAUGAGUAUAAAAAAUUUUUUAAUCACUCAUAUUUCCACCAUCCAGAGAUUGCCAAUGGUAAAGUGGUGUAUAUCUUUCUCAGUGUUUUUCUAUAUAUAUAUGUAUAUAAACAUGUAUGGUUUUUUAAAACAAAUAUGAGAUCAUACUGUACUCUUUUAUAACUUGCUUUUUCCAUUUAACAAAAUACUGACUUUUCAUGUCAGUAGAUUUCCAUCUGUGUACACCAUUGUUUUUAGUAUUGUAUUUCUGUACAAUAAUUUAUUUAAACAGUCCACUAUUAGAUUGUUUCCAGUUUCUUAUAAACAUUGUGAUAUAAUGUGCAACCUUAUAGUUAAAUCUGUAUAUGCAUCCUUAAUUAUUUUCUUGGCAUACAUUAUUGUAAGUAGAAUUGCAGAAGAUGCAUGUUUUCAAGGCUUUGCUGUAUUGACACAUAAACAAUAUAGCAAACACACUCAAAAAGACCUGUGCCUCAAAAACACCUGUGCUAAUUUACCCUCCUCCAGCAGUGUAAAAGAGCACUCAUUUCUCUGAACCCUUUCUGACACUGGGUAUUUAUUAUCAUUAAAAGAACAUUUUGCCACUUCAAUAGAAAAAAUAGUAUCUCUGUUUUAAUUUGCAUUUAUUUUAUUUCUAAUGAAGUUUUUAUAUACUUAUUGGUUAUUUGUAUUUCUUUUUUUGAGAAUUGACAAACACUGUUGCCUUGGUAGCCAAAAAUGUCGAGUUGUUAUUCUGCCUUUUCAGCUUGAUCUGAAAGAAAUAAAGGCAUUUAAGCAGUGGAAAUUAGAUUCCUGUAUGUCCUUGAGAAGAAUAUAUAAUUUGAACAAGCAGAGGGGAGCUGAAACUUAGGGUUAAUCUUGAGGUCUGUCAACUAC